AUGGCGACUCAGCAGCAGCGAAUCGCUAUUGUCUCGGUCUAUGAUAAGACCGGGCUGCUUGACUUGGCCAAGGGCCUUGUCCAGAACAAUGUUCGCAUUUUGGCGUCGGGCGGCACCUCCAAGAUGAUUAGGGAGUCGGGCUUCCCUGUCGAGGACAUUUCCGCCAUCACCAAGGCCCCCGAGAUGCUCGCCGGUCGUGUCAAGACCCUGCACCCCGCCGUCCAUGCUGGCAUCCUCGCUCGUAACCUCGCCUCCGACGAGAAGGACCUUGCCGAGCAGAACAUUGAGAAGGUCGACUACGUAAUUUGCAACCUAUAUCCGUUCAAGGAUACCGUCGCGAAGAUCAACGUCACCGUGCCCGAGGCUGUUGAGGAGAUCGAUAUUGGCGGUGUCACUCUCAUCCGCGCGGCCGCCAAGAACCACUCUCGCGUCACCAUCCUCAGCGACCCGAAAGACUAUGCCGAAUUCCUCAAGGAGCUUGACGCCGGCGAAGUCAAGGAGUCAAGCCGUAAGCUGUACGCCCUCAAGGCCUUUGAGCACACUGCCGACUAUGACGCCGCUAUUUCCGACUUCUUCCGCAAGCAGUAUGCCAGCGGCGAGCAGUUUGUUCCUCUCCGGUAUGGUGCCAACCCGCACCAAAAGCCUGCUUCGGCUUUCGUCAAGGAGGGCAGCCUGCCCUUCAAGGUUCUCGGCGGCGCUCCGGGCUACAUUAACCUCCUGGAUGCCCUCAACAGCUGGCCGCUGGUCAAGGAACUUAAGAAGGCUCUCGGAAAGCCUGCUGCGGCCAGCUUCAAGCACGUCUCUCCCGCUGGCGCUGCCAUUGGCGAGCCCCUGGACGCUGAGGAGCGCAAAGUCUACAUGGUUGACGACAUCCAGGGCAUUGAGACCUCUGGUCUCGCUCAGGCCUACGCCCGCGCCAGAGGUGCUGAUCGCAUGAGCAGCUUUGGCGACAUGAUCGCGCUCAGCGACAUUGUCGAUGUCCCGACUGCUAGCAUCAUCUCUAAGGAAGUCUCGGACGGUGUUAUUGCCCCCGGAUACGAGCCUGCCGCUCUGGAGAUCCUCAAGAAGAAGAAGGGCGGGAAGUACCUGGUCCUUCAGAUGGAUCCCGAGUACGAGCCUAGCAAGACCGAGACGAGGACGGUAUAUGGUGUCAGCUUGACCCAAGGCCGCAACGAUGUCGAGAUCUCCCCUGAGUCGUUCAAGAACAUCAUCACUCCCAAGAACUCAGGCCCAUUGCCUGAGAGCGCUCUCCGCGACCUGACAGUCGCCACCAUCGCUCUCAAGUACACGCAGAGCAACUCCGUCUGCUACGCCGCCAGGGGCCAAGUCGUGGGUCUCGGCGCCGGCCAGCAAUCGCGUAUUCACUGCACCCGCCUGGCCGGUGAUAAGGCCGACAACUGGUGGCUUCGUUUCCACCCGCGCGUGCUCGGCAUCAAGUGGAAGAAGGGCACCAAGCGUCCGGACAAGAGCAACGCCAUUGAUCUGCUCGUGAGCGGCCAGCUCCCUAAGGCGGGGCCGGAACGCGAGCUGUUUGAGGCCUCAUUUGACGAGGUCCCGGCUGCCUUCACCGAGGAGGAGAAGAACGAGUGGCUGUCUAAGCUCACUGAUGUCGUCGUCUCCAGCGAUGCUUUCUUCCCCUUCACCGACAACGUCUACCGCACCGCUCGCUCCGGUGUCAAGUACAUUGCCGCUCCCGGUGGCAGCCAGAACGACGUGCCGGUCUUCGAGACUGCCGAGAAGAACGGAAUCACGUUUGUCGAGCAGAAUAUUCGGCUCUUCCACCAUUAA